AGGGAGGUCUUUUUUUAACAGAAGUGCCUUUUUUCUCUUGACAACUGGCUGAAAUAUGCUCCUUUAAGAACCUCCUACGUGGCAGCCAGAUUCUGAUGGGACCCUCAAAUAGCUCUGGCAAAGUGUUCUGUUUCUUUUGGACUUACUGAAUGCUGUUUCUGCAAAGACAUCCAAUUAUUUCUUCCUUUAUUUUGCUACAAAAGUUACAAGGAGAAGCAGCUUGAAACCAAGCAUCACAGGUAAAAACGCGCCAGAAUGACUAGCAAUCACACAGGCUGCCAUUACUGCCUGCAGUCUCUUUGUGGGAGGAAAUAUGCAUUGAGGGAAGAAAACGCUUAUUGUGUUCCAUGUUACGACAGCUUAUUUGCCAACUCCUGCGAAGAGUGCAAGCAACCUAUUGAGUGUGAUUCCAAGGACUUGGCCUACAAAGGCCGUCACUGGCAUGAGGCGUGCUUCAAGUGUGCCAAAUGCAAUCGCUCUCUGGUGGAGAAGCCGUUCGCUGCCAAGGAUGAGCUCUUGCUGUGUACUGAAUGCUACUCGGAUGAGUACUCAUCUAAGUGUUUCCACUGCCAGAAGACUAUUAUGCCAGGUUCCCGUAAAAUGGAAUUUAAAGGAAGCUCCUGGCAUGAAUCCUGUUUUGUUUGCCAGUAUUGCCGGCAACCAUUGGGAACAAAACCGCUGAUCACCAAGGACAAUGAGAAUUACUGCGUUCCUUGCUUUGAGAAGCAAUUUGCUCACUAUUGCUACUCUUGUAAAAAGGCGAUAACUUCUGGGGGAGUGACCUACCACGAUCAGCCUUGGCAUAAUGAAUGUUUUUUGUGUGCUGGGUGUAAAAUUCAGCUGUCUGGACAAAGGUUUAUUUCCAAAGAUGAGUAUCCAUACUGUGAAGAUUGUUUCGCCAAAUUAUACGCAAAGAAGUGUGCUGCUUGCAAGAAACCCAUUACAGCUCUCGGAGGUGCCAAAUUUAUCUCAUUUGAGGAGCGCCAGUGGCAUGGAGAGUGCUUUAACUGUGCGAAAUGCUCUGUCUCGUUGGUGGGCUUAGGAUUCCUCACUCAGCAGGAUGAUGUCCUUUGUCACAAAUGCGGCUCUGCUACAUAGUUCUAGAGAGAGCUAUACGGCUACUUUAUUCUCACUCUACAACCAUGUACUUUAUUACUGUGCAGUAAGGAAAUCAGCUAAAAUGCAUAAUAGUUAUUUAGUCAUUCAAGUUACUUUCUAACAGCAGUUUAAUUAUAUCAUAGUUUUCAGCUGCUUAUAUAAAAAAACUAGAUAGCUCCAUAUUGACCAAGAAAACAAUUCAAAAAAGAUUAGUAGAUAUUUUAAAUCUAACUGCAACACGCUUCUCCUUGUAACACACUGCACUCUGCUGUUAGAAGCUUAAAAAUUUACAUUUCAUCUCCCAUGAACCAAGGAGGAAUAUGAAAAGUCUAUAUGGCAUAUGACUGGUGAUGAGGCUCUAGCACUACUCCACUGAUGCAGAUUUUGGUGUGGAAAGCCAGACAUAAGCAUUUUUCUGUUGGACCAUAGUGUUUAUCAGAGCAAUGCCCUCCAAACUUCAAGCAAAGAAGCUGCUGGCAAAACAGUUCCCCCAGUAUGAGCAGAAGGGGACACUGGUACACAAUGGGCCAUCACAGAAUUUCUUCCAUUCCAGGACUAGAUGAAGGGAUAAAAGGUCAUUUUCUUCUCAUUACUAAGAUUACACCUCAAAAAAAAAAAAAAAAAAAAAAAAAUUUCCUAUGUUCUAGUCAUCCAAAAGACUGACAGGUCCUUUUCUCUUUGAGGCAUAACUGCUUUAGAACGUAAAUACAUAAACCCGUACUUUGAUCUACUGUGAGGUGAGGAUCUCCCAAGAUUGGAUAGUGCUAAAAUACAGUUUCCCUCUUAGCUAAUAUGCCUUAAGACUCCAUCUCCAUUGUCUUCAUUAGACCUUUAAUAUCUACCAGAAUUUACAGCAAGAGCUGACUCACCCUUGUCCCUUUAAACUUGUACUUUUCCUCCCCUCAAAACUCACUUGUCAGCAAUCCAGCCAGUUAGUGACCUAUUUCCACAUGGUUAUGUCUUUGACUCACACUGUAUUGCCUUUCUCAUAGAUAUGUGCUUAUCUAUAGCAGGUUAUAAGCUCUUUAGAACCAAUAUCUAAUUCAUUUUGCCACGUGCCAUAUGCAUUUGCCAGUAUUAUGCCACAAAUUUGUAAUAUUGUCACUGCAAGCUAGGCAGUCCUCGCUUGUGAUAGUAGUACAAGGUGUUAGUUUCCAGGCAGUUGGCUUUGAGAGGAUUAUAUCUGCUUGCUGAGCUUCGGAGCUCAAGAGCUAUUACUAAAGAAGAUCAUCUAGAGCAGAGUCACCAGCAUUUUUUCUCUUUCUUGCUCCAUGCUUGUUACACUUGAAUCAAGCCACUGUGGACAGUGCAGAUUCUGUGCCACUCAGCACUAUUUUAGUCCUAAUCUUGUAUGUCUUCAAAUCAUACAUUCUCUUUUAGAUUCUGAUCGUAAGUGCAUGGAGCUACUCUGCAAACCUGAGUGGGCUUUUUUUGUAAUAAAGACAGCCAUUGCAUGAAGUAGAAAAGUGAGGAGAAAAAAAAAGAAAGAACAUGUGAGCAUAGCCAAGCCAGAGCUGAACUGCAGUAGCAUAAAAUCAAUAUAGAUAAUGACUGACCAGCAAGUACAUAGCACUGUUUUUAGUCAAUAAAAUAUUGAUCUUUU